AUAGUUCGCUCGCGAAGAAAGCUCUCGCCUAAUGUUCUUCCUGGUAACAUUAAUGGCAACGCUAAUUAAGUGGCAAUGAUUAAAAUACUCUGACAAGCGUAAUGGGUGCUCACUGCCCCAAAAACGUGCGCUUUUCAAACAAAACAUCGACACACAAUAAUGUAAAAUGUGAAUAAUUGUUCAAAAUAAGUGUCCGUUUUUUAAUGAAAAGUGUGUGUUCUGUCAAUCAAAUAUGUCUUACGUACCCCUAAAGUUUUACGAUGUUUGUCGUCUUUGCUUAUCUGUUUGUGGUUGUGAUGACAAGUUCGAGAUUUUUGACGAUUUGCCGAAUGAAAACUACAGUGGGAUAUCGGACAAAAUUAUGAGUUGUUUGUCUGUUGAUAUUUCUAAAGAAGAUGCCUUACCUCACGUGCUAUGCAGAAACUGUCACGAAAAACUGAAAGCUUGGGAGUGUUUUCGAACAUUGGCUCAAAAGAACCAGCAGGCGUUGGCUCAAUUUGUGGCUUAUACUUGCUCACUGCAAGGCACUGAAGAGGAGAUAAUAAAACAGACAAAUAAAAUAUUGGAAGAACUAUUAUGCCCUCCGUGCAUAAUUGACCAAAAAACAACCCCCGAUGAUGAUCGAUUGAAAGAUUAUAAUUUGAAAAAGCAAGAAUCUCAAGAAAAAGUAUUAGAAGUUCCGGAAAAUCUGACGAUGAUUAAAAUAGAAAAUACUUCAGGUAAAGCAACUGUUAAAACUGAAAAUGAGGAAGCAGUUAAUUUGAAAGUGACGACAAGGCCGGAAAAUAUAUCUUCCGAGUCGAAGGAUGGCAUAAAGGACUCUACCCCAACUAUAAGAGUACUCUCACCGCAAACGAUUCAGGCAAAAUCAGAAGAUCUACAAAGCUCUAGUGAACUGCCAAUAGCUUGGAGACCUCCAAUAAUUACAUCUGAAAUGAUACAAUGCCAUAAUAGUAGAACAUCAGGAAUGAAUGGUGCUAUCAAACGUGGCUUCGAUUCGAAUCCUUUAGGGGAAAUGGAUUUAUCAGUAUCAAAACGAACUCGCAUAGAUGAUACAUUAAGCAAUACAACAAACAAAGACAACAACACGCACACAACACAAAUGGCAAGUUUGCUGAUUGAUGAAACAAAGGAGUCUAUUCCAGAAAUAGUUCAACAAAAUCAACAAAUUUUAAAACAAUCAUGUGAUGCCAGCAGUGAAUCUGGAGACAGCUCGGAUCCUGAGAGAUUGCAAGUCGAUAUGUCUCAGAUUGAUGAUCUUGAUGAAUCCACAUUAUCUACACCGAAUUCACCAAUCAUGAAUCACUCUAAUUUACCAAAUGCAAGCGGCAGAGAUACACCAGAGAGUUCGGCUUCUGAACCUGAAGAACCAAAUUCGACAAAGCUCUGGCAAGCACUUAAUCAAAAUAGCACCAUGGGAGGCGAAGCAACACAAUUAUUGCGAAGAUUGAUAACAUGCCGAAAAUUAGGUUUAACUCUUACACCAUCAGGCGAUGAACUGCGGAAUGGAUUAUUGUCGAGAGGAACAAGUUCAAAAGGUCGGCGUAAACAGAGUGUUCCAAUGAAAGCUUCACCUUUGGAAUCCCUGAUUCCUGACGACUUGUCAAUACAUAGCUUAAUAAAUGAUGAUACAAUGAACAAAUUAAAUUCUGCGCCAGUUUCAUACGGUCAUACAACAUUUGAGCCUACAAGAAAUACUACCUCUGCAGAGCAAGAAGAUUCCUGUAGUGAUUUUGCUUUAUCAAAUACAUGGGGAAGUCCAGAUGAUAAAGACAAAAAACGAGUAGAACUUUCUUGUACGAAUUGUGGCACGAAGACGACGACGAUUUGGCGACGAAACGUACGAGGAGAGAUGGUAUGCAAUGCUUGCGGUUUAUAUUUCAAGCUCCAUGGUGUAGACAGACCUCAUACUAUGCGUAGAGACACUAUUCAUACACGCCGGAGGCGACCUAAAGGAGAAAAACCUAGGAGAAGUAAAAUAAAAUCAGAAGAUUCUCAAGACAAUAUAGAGAUGCCUAAGCCAAUUCCUUCACCAUCAGGACCUGAUGUAUUGGCAACUCUUCGUACGCAGCUUCAACCCUCUUUAUUGAUGGCAUUACAACAGUCACAUGUUUAUCCCAGGAUGAUGACACAUUACAAUCAUCCACAUUUUAUGAAAACCGAAAUGGAACCAGAAGUGGAACGUCAACAAAUAAAUCAUUCUGAACUCACUGCAGAACUGCCGCUGAAUUUAGUGCAGACGCAUGUUGCAUCUGGUCAUACAGGGAAUUGA